AUGCUAGGCCACACGUCGCUCAACAGACGCUGCGAAAACUGCAGGAGUUUGGAAUAUAAAAGUCAAUGGGAGAAUCCAUGGUUAUGGUUAUGGAUAUGUAGUUGCCUUAUUAAUUCGAUAUAUUCAUACACAUGGGAUCUCAAGAUGGAUUGGGGCCUUUUAGACAGUAACGCCGGCGAAAAUCGUUUUCUGCGUGAGGAAGUGGUUUAUUCGGCAUCUUGGUUUUAUUACUUUGCAAUAAUCGAAGAUUUUAUACUACGUUUUGUAUGGAUUGCAAGCUUUGUUCUUGUUGAAUGCAAAUACAUUUCUAGCGACUUAAUGACUUCCAUCGUGGCACCUCUUGAGGUCUUUAGACGAUUUGUAUGGAACUUUUUCCGUUUGGAGAACGAACAUUUAAAUAACUGUGGUAAAUUCCGUGCCGUACGCGAUAUCUCGAUAGCACCCAUAGAAAGUUCUGAUCAGACGCAAAUUCUACGCAUGAUGGAUGACGAAAAUGGUGUACUUAAUAGGGGCAAGCGUAAAAGCGGUGGUAAAAAACAGAACAAUGCGAAGGAGGAAAAACGAGCAUUGCUUAAAGAAGAAACCAUAGAUAUCGAUAUAUCGAAUGCAAGUUGAAUAUAGCUCAAAAUUUUUGUACAAUAUUACUUUUAAUUUGCUGCAAUUGCAGACUGCUAUUGGAAGUGUCUGAAAUUUAGUACUUAGGUAGGGAAGAUAAAUCACAAUUUCGUAAAUAACAUAUAUUUGAUUUUGCUACAAUAUAGAUGAUUAUCAAAUGCUUCAGCUUAAUAUUAUGAGUUUGAAACUCUUAGCCUCAGUGCCUUUCAUAUUACUGUCACAUAAAAUACUUUACGAUAAAUUAAAAUAACACAAAAUAUCAUAGCAUCUGCAUUGAGUCUUCCAAUACAAAGAGUUGUAGCUUGGAUUAACUUUAUGAAUUGUAUAGUCUACAGGCACAUAAUAAGAAGAGUUAUACUCACAAAUGAAUCACAUGAAACAUACUUUGCAUGCUUUAUGAGUUAUUGAUGAUAAAGAUUUUGUUUGCCAAUGAUUUUAUUGACUAUAUUGCUACUAAAUUUUUUCUAAAAAUGCCAUUUUUUAAUAAUAAGUUUAAUUGAUUAUAAAUAUAAAUAUUUCUACGAAUGUAAAAAAAUAGACUAUUGAUGCAUCACAUAGUCUGAUGUUAUCACGCUAUUAAGAUAAAUGACACUUAAUAUAUAGACUAAUAUUAGAGGCUGUUUUUUUAUACGUAUUGAACAUACAGUACUUACGUCAUAUGCAUUGCAGUUUAUUGGAUUAUAUAAAUUAUUUUCUGGCAGCAAGAAGAAUAGAUGUACAUACCAUUUGCAAAUUCAAUAUUUAAUUUAGCAAUCCUUUGUAUUAUUUGGAUAAUACUAUUUUGUAUAAAAUAGUAUUACAAUUAAUCCACUAUUUUAUAGAAAUAUUUUGUGAGAUAAUAUUCCCCAUUAUUCAUUAUUAAUUUGGAUAUUGAUAAUAUAAUUUUUGUAAGAAAGACUAUUUAGUAUUUUCAGUUAUUAAAUACUUAAAUAUAUAUAUAUUUAAUAAUGAGGAAAGAAGUCGCGCAGAUGUGU